AUGCGCCACCCUUCUCGUCUCAUUCUGAUCCUCGCUGCAGUGCUGGCAUUACCACUGGUGGCUCGCGGUGAGUCGACCCCGGUGACACAGCCAUGGUCUUUGCUGGGUCAAGUGCCUUUUGUUCUUCGCUUCACUCCACAGACUGCAGCUCCGGUGACGGCGCUCCGAGCUCGCUUGGUGCUACAGGGCGUCAACGUGAGCCACCUGGAGCUGCUCUCGAUAGCAGGCCUUCCCCAGGUCUUGGAAGUGGCAGCCUCACUUGGCACCCUCACAGCGUGGGAGCUCCUCUUGGGUGCACCUUUGGCCAAAGACGUCGAGGUCACCCUGUUGCUCCGUUUGCAUCUUCCUCCCGAUUUCGAUGGGGCGGUGCUGUCCAUGCCAGAAGCAGAGAUUGCAGUCCAAUACGCCCUCGCCACGAGGCCCGAGGCCUUCUACACGCAAGAAACGAUUGCUGUCCCCUUCAACGCCUCGACCUGCCACGCUCUAGGCGCAGGUCGUGCUUUGCAGGCCUCACUCCUUUCUGCCACAACGGUCCAGAUGCAGUUCAGGCUGGACAUGUCCGCUGCCGCAGGGGAUGUCCUGCUCAUGCUGCCACUCCACGCGAUCCACUACGACUUCCAACUCCCCGAUGGAAGUCAGUGCCCAGAACUCGCUGUGGACUUCGCAAUUCCUGGUGGCGGAAAUGCUUCCUGGGACGUUGCUUGCCGCUUCCGGCGGCUGGGCCUCCAUGGCCAUGGGAGCAAUGCUUUGGAAUUCACAAUGGGAUCAUCUUUUGCGAGCCUGGCUGUGACGCUGUCGCUGUCGCUGCCCUCACCUGUAGCUGCCACUGCUGGGGCAUGGCUGGCCAUGCUCACAGAUGGGCUGGCCGAAUGCGACGUCGUGCUCGUGGAUGCCCCGCCCAGCCUGAUAGCCCCACAGGGCUACUUGGUCACUACUAGCAGCAGCAUCUUCAUGGCUGCUGCGGCUCUGGACGUCACCUUGAUGCUGAUGGGCGACUUGCCCCCUGGUGGAGAGGUCGUCCUGAAGCUUGUGGACUCAGCGCCUGCCACGCUUCUGGCAUGUGACGAGCGCACAGAGGCCUUCAUACCUACUCGUCUCCUCUCCUCGCUGAGCGUAUCCGCUUCGUCUGACUUGUGUCACGUGCGAAUGAUUACCCGUUGGGCUGGGUCCGGCUCAGAGCUCAAGAUACGCCUGUCAGUGAUGCACGGUGAGAACGCGACGGCUGUUGCUGUGGAAUCACGGACUGAGCUCUCUGGGGAGGUGUCGAACUACACAACUCUGCAGGGCCAGUACUAUUUGACUGAAGCGCAGGAACUUCAGCAGGCAAGGCUUUAUCCCACAGGAUUGGCAGAGCUGCGUCCAAGCACGUUCCUCAUUACGUUCCAGACGGCUGUGGAGUCACUGUUUUACGCGCCGAGCCAGCCUGGCACCGCAGUGCUCACUGCACGGCCUCCACCUGUCUGCUCUCAAGGCUGCGCAGCAUGGGAGCAAAGGAUGCCCGGCAGCGCUGCCGGGUUGGGUCGUGCUUGCAGCCAGCCGGCAAUCUUGCCAAGAGCGGCACCUUGGUGCUACUGCGAGAAUGGGCAGGGAGCCGACUGGGACUUCUGUUUACCGGAGGUUGUUCGACUGCGGAUGCAACUUUUGGAUGCAUCUCGCUUUUGGUUACGCCGUGCCAGUGAUGGCGCAAAGUUGCAGGCGGUCCCGGAGAUGCUCGCGGUUGACUGCGCAGAAUACCUGCUCAACUUUGCAGCUUCAGGAGGGUCCUUGCCUGCUCCUCGCCGUUGCUGGGGAGAUGCAAUGCGAACUACCGGUGACGAGGUCUUCGUGGAUUUUUUUCCUGGCCGUGGAUUGGUGGCGGGCACUUCCUACAGCUCGGACCACAGAGGAUUUAGCAGGUCUGGAAGUCACUGGCGAGUUCAGGAGUUACGUGAGCAUCAGCAACGAGGUCCUGGAACUCUCCGUUUGGAGCACAUCUGCGGACGGGCCGUUCAUCGGCAGAGAGUUUGCCAAGCUGCGACCUUCGGCUUCAUCGAUUCCAAAAUCUGGCACGUCUAUCUUUGCCCAGCAGCCAACUGUCAACAGCGUCGCCGCGCAGUUGCUGGAUGUAAACACCACAGGAAUGGCCGAUUUGAGUCAAUUUGUCGAGAUCUCGGACAGGCAUUUCGCUCGCCAGCAGCGCCACUUGCACCAAGCCGGCCUGCUCGGCCUCGAUGGACGCGACCACCUCCCAAGGUGGUGCCACCACCGAAAAGAGCUUCUGCCCCUGCAGAAUCCAGGCAGCAAGCAGCAAGCACUGGCCUCCGUCUCGGGCCUCAGUGGGUUCCCCCAGAGCUGCUGGAGCGCGGGAUGGUGGUCCUGUGUCAAGAUGGAGUGCUUGGCGUCAUCGAAAGCGUGUUUGCAGCUUUGGACGAAGUCUACGUUCAAAGACAUGGCUCGACAGAGCCAGUGAAGUUGAACACCAAGCAGAUCACCUUCUUGGGCGAAUGGUCAGAUUCAGUCGAGAUCAUUAAUUCCGUGGACGUGCCUCCGGAUGUCGAAGCGAUUCUCGGGUUGGAGCAGCUGGAUCAACUGCAAGAGUUGGCAGGGAAAGCCCCGGUUCACCUGGAAUCACUCCCCCAGGAGGGAGCACGCGGAGCUUUAGCCCAACUGGUUAUCGGCCCGAGCACAGCAAAAGCGGUGAAGGCGGCAGUCGAUGCAAUCGUCAGCCAUGUCGAUGGGCUGGACUACCCGGAAGACAGCUAUGCAAAGGCUGCCAGUGGCAGCGCAGCAGCUGGAGCUACAGGUUGUCAGGCCGCCCCUAGUGACCAGUGGCCGGCAGCUGCAGAUUCUGCAUCGGCGCUGUAUCCAGCUGGAUCGUCACCUGUGAUGAUGGUUUGUCCGGUUUGGCCUGGUUCCAAUCCAGCUUGGCCAGACUGGUCUGCAAGCCCUGCCUGGGGGUCGGCUAUGUCAACUGUGGCCGCAGCGCCAGCGGGCUCAAUCCAGAAUAAUCUGGGGUCCUGGCAGGAGGAAGCUCAGACAGUCGAGGUGUCUCUUGACACGGACCAGACUCUCGUGCAAGAGAUACCACUGCUUUCGCAGAUUUCUGCGGAUCCUGUGAAAGAGGUUCGCCAGAACGCUGCCCCUCCGUGGCGCAACAAGGAGCUCCCGCCGCCUCCAGAGAAGAAUCAGGUCGUGGAAAAGAAGGCCGAUGUCCACCGCGGAACCACGGUGAAGCGAUAUCGGCCAUCCAGCCUUUCGGGGAAGAGACGCCGCGAGGCCAUGAAUGUGAAGCAGGAGGUGGAGGAGGAGCAGGGCCACCCCGUGAAGGCCGCAAAGGUGGAUGAGGGAGCCCAGGGUGGAAAUGCUGCACCAUCGAGCCCAAACUCCGCUGAUGAGACCAAUAAGACGGUACUGUUUUGGGCAACCCAGCAGGACCAGUUUUCUCACCUACCUCAACUGCCAGAUGGCUGGAUCAGGAUCCCGUCAAAAUCAGCUGGGGCAUGCUACUAUGUGAACUUGGUAACUGGCACAUCAACCUUUAGAUCGCCCCUGGAUUUGCCUCCUGGUUGGGUGAAGGUCAUGUCCAGGAGCACAGGCAGGCACUACUACUGGCACGCAGAGAAGCAGAUCUCGCAGUUUGAGUUGCCUGCAGACUAG